UUUGGUAACUGAGCAACCUAACCGAGGAAUAGGUGGACGGUGGCGAACUAAACAGCAGGGAGCCUGCUCGGAUUAGGCGGAGGAAGAGGGAGAGACUGGGAUCGGGAGAGAAGUGGGGUAGGGAGAAGUCUGAGACGAGGUUAAUAACUUUGAGGUACAGUGGAAAAACUAAGGACAGGGGAAAGAAAACUCCUGGAAGUGCGAGUGGAAAUUCGUACAACGAGAAGUGGGAGAACCUGAGAUGCGGAGAGGAGACAUCUGAGCCUGAGGGAGAAGACCUGGGAUUGAGAGGGGAAGGUUUGGGAGAGGGGGAGAGAGAGAUAGAUAGAAAGAGUAAGACAGAAAUAGAGAGAACGAGAAACAGAUAGAGAAAGAAGAAAGAAAGUAAGAACUGGUGUAUCAGAGGGGUUCACAGACCUGGAAAAGGGAGAGGAAUCUGUGAACGGAAUAAGGAUCAAACCUAUUGAAAGAGAUAACAGAAAAGGCCGGAAGGGGUUGUGUGGGAUAAGGAACACAGGAAAGAGAGAGUCAAAGUUCCUAAUUAGCAGAAGGUGGGAAAUCAUAUAUUAAUCUCAGGAGGUUGUAACAGCAUGUCAGUGCCAUUUUCCAACACCACCCUCCGAAUUCCCCGUGGCUUUGGGACUUUGUUGGAGGGGCUGUCCAGAGAAGUGCUGAGAGAACAGCCACGAGACAUCAUAGAGUUUGCUGCCGAAUACUUUGAGGAUCUGCUGAAAAUCAGGACCGACUCUGGUAUAGACCCUGCAGAUUGGGCAGCACAAUUAGAGGAUCGAUUCUACAACAACCAUGUGUUCAAGGAAAAACAAACACCCAAACCUGAAAAUGAACCAAAAUCUGCCCCGGUGCCAGUUGACACAGUGCAUCAGGAGAAAGGUGAAGACGUUUUGGACCAGCCACAGCAUGUCAAGGGACUACGAAAAAUAUGCAUAAAGAAGCCAGACCAACAAACCGUUUCUACGAUGCACCAGGAUGAGGAAUGGCUCUCAAAGCAGCCAGGGGUAAGUGGAUUGACUGAUAAAACAACUUCAAGAAUUAUAGAACCCAAGGAAGUACCAUUGGAAGAGAAAUCCCAAGUGUUGACAGGAGCAGCUCUAGAACAAGAUCCUUUAGAUGACACAGUCUCAAAGGCACCAGCGGAAGCCACAAUGGAAGAUACUACUUCGCAGCUAACAGGAGCAGGUACAGAAGUAGGUUUGUUAGAAGAUGCCCCUACUCAGGUGACUGGUGCUACUCCAGCAGCAAGUUCUUUGGCGAUGACUGACAUUCAAGAAAUCUCAGCAACGUCAGAACAAGGACAAAUGGAAGGCACUGCAUCUGGAGUUAUUGCAGCAACGCUAGAGAAAAUUCACCAGAAAAACUCUGCCUCCUCAAUGAUGUUAGCACCAUCAAAAACAGUGUCUGAGGAAGAUACAGCUCCUCAAAUGAUUACAACAGCAUCAGCAGUUGGCCAAGAAGAGAACAUCGAGGAACUACCUACGGAUGAGGAAUGGCUCUCAAAGCAGCCAGGGGUAAGUGGAUUGACUGAUAAAACAACUCCAAGACUUAUAGAACCUAACGAAGAACCAUUGGAAGAGAAAUCCCAAGUGUUGACAGGAGCAGCUCUAGAACAAGAUCCUUUAGAUGACACAGUCUCAAAGGCACCAGUGGAAGCCACAAUGGAAGAUACUACUUUACAGCUAACAGGAGCAGGUACAGAAGGAGGCUUGUUAGUAGGCACUAAUUCUGAGGUGAUUAUAGUCGUUCAACCAGCAGGUUCUUUGGAGGUAACUGACACUCAAGUAAUCUCAACAACAUCAGAAGGACAAUUGGAAGGCACUACAUCUGAAGUUAUUGCAGCAACACCAGAAGCAGCUAUUUUCAAAAAAUCUGCCUCUUCAAUGAUGUCAGCACCAUCAGAAGCAGUGUCCAAGGAAGAUAUAGCUUCUCAAAUAAUUAUAACAACAUCAGCAGAUGGUCAAGAAGAGAAAAUUCAGACCACUGAUGAACUACCUUGGAACACAAGUAAAAAUGAAGAUCAUGCUGCAGCUGUCAUACAGUCAGUAUACAGAGGAUACAGUACAAGGAAGAAACUGAAAGAAAAUGCAUCAAGUUAUCCUGAAACUGAUGAUGACUUAUUUACGGAAGCGUGUCCAAGACCAAAUGGAAUAAGAAACAGCUCAGGAGAGGAGCUGGCAGUUUCUGAAGGGGAAAAUAUAAAUUUUGAAAAUGCUUUGGCGAUGACUGGUGAGAAAACAAAGAGCAGAAUGGGAGUCGAUGGUCUCCACACAACAGCUAAGAAUGGCACUACAGAGAUUAGCAUUUGUGCUGCAGAGCUUGGCUCCCCAUUGGUGAAAGAAAAUAUUAAUACUGAUGCAGACAUCUGUGGGGCAGAACUGCAGUCAGUCAUGAAAGAAGACAAUAAAUCUGAGAUGGCUGGAUACAAUAUCUGUGGAACUGAGUUGGAUCAGAAAGAUUUCUCUGAGGCUCCAUCUAGUAGCACUGUGAAUGUUGACAUCUGUGGCACUGAACUGGGCUUUGUAGUCGGAAAGGAUGCUGGCCGAGAAGAUAACAAGAGCAAUGAGACUGAUAUUAAACCCCAGGAUGAACCUGCUGUUAAAGUUACAGAAGAAGCACCACACCAGCAGGAAGUCAGUGGAGUGCUGAAUGAUAGGGAAGAUUAGGUUGGUGUCAAUCAGGAACAUAGUUGUCAGAGACUUGACACAAAGGUUAAUGACAAUCCAUUCACAGAAGAAAGUCAGAGUGCUGAGAGAGGUAGCAUAACUAUUCAGAAAUAGUUAAAUAACUAUUCAAACUCCAUAGUCCAUUUGUGAGGACAUGUACAACUUAGAAAUAUAUGGGCUAUCUUUAAGAAAAAACACAAAAUAUUUGAUAAGUACAAUUAAUAUCUGCAGAUGGCAUGAUGAUGCAGUAGGUGGUGCUGCUGCUGCAUUGCUCUAGGAGCCUGGGUUUGCCUCCAAUAUUUGGAUUUGCUUGCAGGGAGUUUCCAUGUUCCAUGUUCUCCCUGUGUGGUCUGGGCUUCCUAAUGCGUGUUCUGGUUUUCUCCCACAGCCAGCGAUGGUGCUGGUAAGUUGCAAAUUAUACCUAGUGCAGACAAAACUUCUAUCUUAUCUCUCUAAUCAUUACCCAAAGCCUUUUUACCACUAGCCCAAUUGUUUCUUUUGACUGAUUAUGACCUCCUCCUACUCCCUACCCAUCCCUCAAGAUCCCAAUUCCUCCCCCAACCCCUUGUACCUUGUUGAUUCUUGAUUCAGCUCUAAUCCAAUCAAAACUUACAGGUUGAUUGAGCUGCCUACCUUUUGUCUUCCUGCACAUACUCCACUAUGAUACAUAACUAGAUCCUUAUUGGAUUGGAGCAGAUACUAAUUGACAAUGAAUCAUGACCACUAACACUUCUAUAAUUCAAAACAAGCUUGAUCUAUUCCUUGAGCAAACACGAGGAAAUCUGCAGAUGCUGGAAAUUCAA